AGCUUUGCGGUUGAUGGUUCGCCUUGGACAGCCUUUCGGUCCAAUUUAGCAAUCGCGGCAAUGCGACGGACAAUCCAAGAGGAUCGUAGCGGACCAUGUCAUCAUUGCACAAGUCGGAAACAUAACUUCCAUUGACACAUGGACGUCGGUGCCGUAGAAAUACUAUAGGUCCGUGUCAUUUCCGUUGUACGAUUUACCUGCUGCACGAAACAAGCCAGUUUAUUCGAAUUCUUAAUCGCGGGCGUUUCGUUUGAUAGGCCCCCUAGUUGGACAGCCUUUUGGUGCGUUUUUGCUAUCACGGCAGCCCGACACAAAGUUCAAGAGAAUCGUGUCGGAUCAUGAUAUCAUUGACAGCUUAAAGAUAUGGCUUUUAUUAGCUAUACAUAUGAUGGACUCCAUCAGCACGCUAGAGAUACUGGAUUUGUAUGGAUCCUCUCAAAAAAUCUCACCUGUUCUGGGAGAGCGUUUAUCAUUUUCCAAAUCCACCUGCGAUUACGGUCGGCAAUAUCGAGCAUGGUAGUUCCAGAAGCUGUUGUGCUAUUUUCGUCACUAAAAUUGUUCACGAAAAAGACUUGCUCUGGAAAUUUGCGAAGGCAAAAAAGUCUCGAAAGGAAUCAAGCAAAGCCUAGGCUAGACCUCGACGAGGAUGACUGGGAGCUUCUUUACGUUUGGAAGUCCCUGGAUGUCGUCAUUGCAGACGAUACUAAUACUCACCAGAUGUUUGGAGCCUAUCUAUGCUGCACUGUAGUACUGCAAGAGAAUUUCGUUGAAAGUUGUCUUUGGCUCUCUACGGAGGUUGAUCUAAUUCUCUCACAGACUUACUUCUAUGCAGCUCUUGCUUCCAAAGGCUUCAGCGCUACCAUGAAGGAAAACUACAGGGUCGACUUGGAGAUAAAGCAUGACAAGUCUACAACUGACACAUGCGCGAUGAUAAUCAUUUUGCAUACAGAAAUCGAAAUUGAAUAGACGGAUAUAUAAUCGUGAGUAAUCUACUGUAACGCUCGCCAAAAGUCAUCCUCGCUUGGCUGAGGAUGACAACCAAUUUAGAUACAAUUACUCCCAUCUUUUCUCUUAUUUACCUUUAUUCGUCAUCAUUCUCUAAUGUUCUAUGCCCUACAGUAUUUAAACCCCUCGUUUACUUAGUAGUAGGGUAGUUGAUCUUUCCCCCCGAAUAUACUUUGGUU